AUGCACCCUUCUAUACGCGAAGCUUAUGAGCGCAGCGCGCCCCCGCCAGCAUUUCACUUGUUGGAUCCCUACGUGCAGGACGGGAAACCGGCUCUGUCCAAGUACACCAACCCAGAUUUUUUCCUGGAGAGGUGGGCCGAAGAGGAGCAAAAGAAGUUUGAGGAACUCAAGGCGGACUGGAGGCGAAGGCGCCUGAUAGCCAAGAAGAAAAAGCAGGCGCAAGCGGAGGCCGCAAAUGCAACGGUAAAACCGGUGACGAAAUUGAAAAAAUUGUGUUACGACCCUUUGACAGGUGAAUUGAUUGUUGAUAAGGAAGAGGAGGCCGCCAGCUUGUUUCCAGAAUUGCAGCGCGAAGAGUUGCCUGGCCAGAGGCUUUCGAGGCACGACUUCGAUGAGGGCACCUUAAGGAAAGUAGGACCGAAAAGUCCGGUGCCUGCAAAACCGGUCAGAACCAAAUCCAGAAGGACAAUGGAAAAAGGCGGCACAUUGAGGAAAGAAAUAGAAGAGAAACCAUUGGAUGAAAUUGAGGCUGCGAAAAAGCCGUCCGUGUCUGAUAUGCUGAAAUCGGAUUUGGAGAAGACUCCAGGAUCCCCUUCAAUCAAUGUGAAUAGAGUGGCAACACCGCCAAAAGCGCCUUCUCUCCCAGUAGAGACGCCUGUACAAAAAAUAUCGAAGCCACCCACACCGACUGCAAUCGUCGAACCAGCAUUUCCGCCAGCGCCUCCACCUCCUCUCAACACAACCCAAUUUGCGCCCCUCGUUCAGGAACCCGCUCCCGUCUUAGACCAAGAAGACCGAUUUACCGACGCCCUCAAGAGCGCAAAUGCCUCCCUCAAACCGACCGUCUAUCCGGAAAUAGAAAAACCGACGGACACUCGAUCCACGCUCUUGGAGAGCAUUCGUUCAGGACUGAAAAACAACCUUCGCUCGGCCCAGGAGCGCGUAAUCCCCGCAAAAAUGGAAAGUGAGAAGCCUCCCACAUCCGUCGCCGAGAUAUUGGCCAGAAGAGUAGCUAUCGAGUUCUACAGCGACGAAGAAGACAUCGACAGCAGUGAUUGGACUGAAUAA